ACAACACGGAAGUACAGAAAAUGGCAGAAAAAUUCUUGUUUGUAAAUAUGUGGUGUAUUAGACUAUUUUAUGUAUUAUUUAUUGUUUCAACAGAAAUUAUUACCAUUGCACAUGGACAUUUUGAUAAAGAAGAACAAACUCUGACAUUAUUAAUUUCAUUUGAUGGAUUUAGAUAUGAUUAUUUAUCAAAAGUUAGUAAGGAGGGAAACUUCAAAAAGUUACAAGAAAAAGGAACCACUGUCAAAGAUGGUGUAUUUAACUCAUUUAUCACAAAAACCCUUCCAAAUCAUUUGACAAUUGUGACAGGAUUGCAUGAAGAAACCCAUGGCAUGGUCGCAAACAGUUAUUAUGAUCCAAAUUUAAAAGAAAAGUUUGAUAUCCAGGAUCCUAAGGGACAAUCAGAUCGCGAUUUUUGGGACACUGUUGGGGCAGAACCAAUAUGGACUGGGAAUCAGAAACAAAAUGAUUCCUCUGAAAUGACAAGACGGAGUGGAGUUUAUAUGUGGCCAGGUGGAUUAGUGGCCUUUGAAAACAUUUUACCAUUUCAUAGAGUAGAAUACAACUUUAGCAUUCCAUUACGUGAUCGUAUUGACACUGUUUUAGAUUGGUUCUUAAGUGACAAUUAUCCAAUUAACUUCUGCGCAUUAUAUUAUCCAGAACCAGACUCUACUGGACAUCACAGUGGUCCAGAAUCAGAGAAUAUUAGAAAAAUGCUCAAAUAUUUAGAUGACGGGUUAGGUUAUCUGCUCCAACAACUAGAAAAACACAAGUUAUUACAUAGAAUGAAUAUCAUCCUGACAAGUGACCAUGGAAUGGCACCUGCUUCAAAUGAUUCCAUUAUUGCCCUUAGUGACUAUGUCGAUACAGAAUUAAUAGACAUAUACACAAGUGCUUCUCCAGUUCCACAUAUAUGGCCCAAACAAGGACAGUUAGAAACAGUAUACAAUGCCCUGAAAGAUAAGCACCCUCAUAUGAAGGUGUUUAAGAAAGAUGAAAUCCCAACUGAGUAUCACUAUAGUAACAAUCCUAGAAUUCCACCAAUCCUGAUUCAGAUGGAUCUUGGCUGGAAUAUUGUGUUCAAUGAAACAGACAAAAAACAGUGGACAAAUUUGGGUAACCAUGGUUACAACAACAGUCUGGCAGAGAUGCAUCCUCUCUUCAUCGCUAGUGGACCAGCAUUUAAGGAGAACUACAUUGCACCCCAAAUUAGAAACAUAGACAUUUACCCCCUCUUAUGCCAUAUACUACAGAUCAAACCAAGAAAUAACAAUGGUACUAUGGAUCGUGUUGAAAAUAUGCUAAGAAUACCAGCACAAUUCCAGUUUUCUCUAACUGCAAUAACAUUUAUUUUAGCCAUAUCUUUGUCAGGCUGCGUAGCGGUUUUAUUCUGUAUAGCUGUGUGGAGAUUGAAAAGCAUGAAUGUCUCUGGGCAAUGGAUGUUGAGACAUCAUGUACGCUUAGAUGAAUUAAACCAGAGGAGCCCUCAACAGAUGGCCAGAUUAUUAGAGGACUCGGAGGAAGAAAAUUUCCCAUGAUUGUGUUGUUAUGGUAACAACAAACAACAAAUUAAAUGAUUCAGGUACUUAUUUUCAGUUUCAGUGGCUAAUUAGAGCACAGAAAAUGAUUUAAGAGAGCUUCUAAUAGUUUGUGAACCUUAACAUUUUUCAUAUAAAAUUUUUUAUCUUACAUGAACAACGUACUUUAGACUACAGGAAUUUGCACAACUCUUAUUGAUAAAUUAUGCUUGUCAAAGAGAAAUAUCUGUUCAGCAAACAAAGCAAGUGUUAUAUGUAUUUUCUAACGAUUGAACGAAGUGAAUAAGUUCAAAAAUGAUUUAAUGCUGAAGUGUUAUGACACUUUUAAUUUGUAAAUUUCAUAUAUUACAAUCUCUUUGAUUUUGAAUAUUUUAUAAU